AUGGCCACACAGGGCAGGUUGGAUGUGGGCGGAGGACCACAGGCGAGGAAGCAGGAUGCCUGCUCCAGGCCCGGCUGCCCGCAGCGACCCCACCACCUCUCCAGGCAGAAAACGCGUCGUGGGGUAAAAACCUGUAUCCCCAGCCAUGUGAUCCCACCUAGCUGGCUGCCCCUUGCAGCCCUGCCCGCUCGGAGGCCUACCCUUGGCCAUGACGCCUUGUCCUCCGGCGCCCUUCGGCGCGCUCAGACCCCGCGCCCUCCGCCUGGCUUCUCCCCAGCCCCCGGGAGGAGGCGCUGGUGCCCGGGUCGGGCCUCUGGUCCCUCCCAGCCGGCGUCCCGGAGCCCCCAUUCACAAUUCACAAAGCUCCGCUUGGAGGACGGACACACACACACACACACACACACACACACGCACGCACGCACACAUUGCGAAGAGGGGAGCUUGAUCUUGUCUCAUUGGCGUCUCGGGCCUGAAAGGAAAAUCGUUUGGGUAAACAGCCAAGCUUCCAGGCUUAACGUCGGCUCCCGCCCCUGCCCCUCCACCCCCUCCGCCUCCCCCACUCCCCUUCCACCCCACCCGCCACCCACACUCGGCUCCGCAGCCGGGCCCCGAGCGAGCUCCGCGCAGCCGGCCGGGAGCCCAGGGCCCCCAGGUUCAAAGGGCCGCGGCCCGGAGGGGAAGCCCUACUCGCUGUGCCCCGGGGGGCAGAAGCGGACUGCAGGGCGGUGGGACCGGCCCGGGCCACGUGUGUCAGAAUUGGAGCUCAGUGAUGGAGAGCAGUGGUCCAUGGGCAAGACCAAAUCCCUGCCAAGAGGAUCUUGCAGUCUAGUGGUAGAGACAGAGAAUGAGGCUACUGAGGCACGGGGAGUGAAAUGAUCUGCCUAAGGAACUCAGCUGAUGAAGGCAGAGCCAGGACUGACACCCAGGAAGCCUGGCUCCAGAGACUGUCCCCUCCAUCAGGAGUGCUUGUAGCAGUGAGUUGAUUCAGGAAUGCCUUGUAGAGCUUCCAGCAGUGCCAGAGCACUGUAGAAAACUCUCCUGACAUUAAUAUAAGUUUAUGCUCUUUCAUAUAUUUUUACAAUUUUCAGCCAGGAAAAUAUUUUAAUAAGACUGACUUAGGAACAUUGGCGUGCCCUGGUGGCUCAUUAGGUUAAGGAUCUGGCACUGUCAAUACUGUGACUCCAGUCGCUGUUGUGACACGGGUUCCAUCCUCGGUCCUGGAAUUUCUGCAUGCUGAGGGCACGGCCAAAAACAACAACAACAACAACAACAACAAAAAAAAAACCCAAGAAACAAAACCAAAAAAACCCCCAUGCUUAUGAAAAUAAUGAUGUCUUCAAGUUCAAGUUAUAACUGCUAUGGGAAGUUAUGGUGUUUUACCAUGAAGGGACUUCCAGAUACCUUUUACAUUUACUUUUGCUUUUUCUUUAACAUGGGUGAUGAAACCAGACAAGUCACUGUCCCCUGAAGUCAGUAACACUUCCUGGUUUCCAGGAGGUGACAACGAUGACUUUUCAGCACUGUUACACUUUGUGGAAAAUCAAGGAUGAGGUUUUAUUUUGACUUAUUCAGGAUUUUAUUUUGCUUGGUAAAUUUGCAAAGCAAAAUGUCUCAUUUUUUUUUUUGGUAGAUGGUGUGAUAUUCUCUCGUCCACAAAUGAAAAUGCAGGCUCCAGUCACACCAGAAAUGCCUUUUGGGGUAUCUCCUUUAGAAGUUCAUACAUUAGAAUGUCAAAGGUGUAAUAUUGCUUUUGAUGCACCUGUGGUGGCAUCAAGUGAAAUUCUAAAGAAUACACUACAUUUUCAAGGGAAAAAAAAGUUAAAGAGGUGGGGCAGAUUAAAUUUAAAAAGUUAAAUUUAAGAAGAGGUGGGGUAGAAGCUGAAUUUAAGCUAUGAUAUCUUUAUCUAAGGAGUUUGUUGCUGACCUUCACCAUGACAACCUCAGAAUUAACAUUCCCUUGCUCACAGGUACAUGCAUUCACAACUUCUGACUAAACCCUAGUGUCCGCUGGGAAAAAGAAAGUCUUGCCUGUUAGCUGUUUUCAAGUGUGGCAGAUCUACUCUGAGAAUAACAGUCAAAAGAGGAGAUCAGAUUAAAA